AUGGCGUCGGAGUGGCGCGCGAUCAAGACCCCGGACGGCGGUCGCCACACGUACUAUCACAACGUCCGCACGAAUGAGACCACGUGGAUAAAGCCCGUCGGGUUCGUCGACGCCAACGGCCGCGCGCAGAGUAAGAUCGAGGGCACGGACUGGGUCGAGGUGUCGCAACCGUCGGGGCCGAGCUACUUCCACAACCCGAAGAGCGGGGAGGUGACAUGGCACGCGCCGGAGGAGGUCAAAGCCGCCUUCGCCGCGCGGGUCGCCGCGAGGGCCGGCGCUCCUCCGCCGGGUGCGGCGCCGGCGCCAGGUCCCGCCGCGACGAAGCCGGCACCCCCGCAGCAGGCGCCUCAGCAGAUCCUUCGAGCGGCCGCGCCCGAACCCGCGGACGAACCGACGAUUCCCGACGACGACGACGACGACAUCGACAUCGACAUCGACGCCUACGAGGUCGAGCCCGUCGUCCCCGUCGAGGAGGUCGCCCCCCCCGAACCCGCGCCGGUCGCCGCGACGAAAGUUCCCACCGCUCCAGCUGUGUUCCCGAAGGUUCCCGCCGCUCCGGCUGUGUCGUCGAAGGUUCCCGCCGCUCCGGCUGCGUCGUCACCCCUCCCAGCCGCCGACGACCCUUUCAUCGCCGCGCGCAAGGCCAAGGAGGCCGCCGCCGAAUCGUUCCGAUCGCUCCUUCGCGAGCGCGGCGUGGACGGCCGCGCGCGGUGGGACAGGUGGCACUCCAAGCUCGCCGGCGACCCGAGGUUUCAACAAGUGCCGACGCACUCCGAACGUCGGUCAGUGUUUGAAAAGUACGUCAGGACCGUCGCGGACGAGGAAAAGGCGGCGAAGCGCGCCGAUAGAAAGGGGGGAUCCGCCGCCGGAAGGGGGGCGGCCGCGACCGGCGCCGCCGCCGGCGAGGACGGGGAGAUCACCGCCGGAACGGACGGGGGAAAGAGGCGCGACGCGGACGCGGACAUCGCGGCUAUUCGCAAAAGGCGCGAGAGGGAAGAACGCGUGAGGCGGGAGAAGCGAGAGGAGGCGGAGGCUUUGGCGCGCGCGCGGAGGCGGAUCGAUCGCGACGCCGCGCUCGCACGGUUCAGGGCGCUGCUCGCGGAGUCGGUUCGGGACCCCGAGGCGACGUGGGCGGACGCGUUACCGGCGUUAACGCGGGACGCGCAGGGUCGAUGCGCGAUAGGGUCGCCUCUCACCGAGUUUGAACUUCGGGAGGAGUUCGAGACGCAUGUCGCGGGGUUGGUACGCGACGCGGCGCUCGACGUGAUGGCGCUGCUGCAGGAGUCGCUGAAGGCGACGUGCAAGGACGACUUCGCGCCCGCCGCGCGCGGGACCGAGGGGGAUCGAUCCGACGAGGACGACGGGGACGGGAAUCCGCUGACGAGCUACGUCGCCGCCGCCGAGGUGUUGUCGCUGGACCCGAGGUUCGAGAGGUGUCCGCUCAAGGAGCGGGCCGCGUUGUACUGCGAGCACGUGCGCAAGCUGUGCGAGCGGCACGGCGCGGAGAUCCCGCCGGACGUCAAGGCGCUCGGCGAGGAGCUGGAGAAGGCUAAGGAGGAGGAGGCGAGAGAGCGAGCGGCGAGGCGAGAAGAGGAGGCCGGAGGGCACCGACGAAGACGGGGAGACGGCCGCGAUGAUCGAGACAGCCGACCGCCGCGACGGUCCCGUUCGCGGUCGAGGGAUAGGGGAAGGAAACGUUCACGUUCGCGGUCUCGAUGA